AUGCCCGCUCAUCUUCGUUCGAUCAAAUCGGAUCCCCUGGGCGUCGUGGAUACCCGCGUGCUGACAAUGACCGAACCCCCAGUUCGGGGCUUACCUUCCCCUUCGUUAGCUUCGUUCUCAUCAGUCAUCGCAUUCGAAGCGACUCCGCAGAGCCAGUGUCUUGCAGACAAUCAAGGAGACAAGCUCACCCAGGAUACCCACUCCCUCUCGAGCGAGGGGUGUACCGUCGAUUCUGAUGAAUUUCGCGAAGCAACCUCGCAUGUUGAUGACAAUUGCGAAGUAAAAACCCAUGAGCUGAAGGCUUGGUUCCCUAAUCUUGAGCUGGAUGUCACACUAGACAGGUACCAUGGUCAGGAUGGCCUCGCUGAACCAAUGAACCCGCAAAACACCCCAGCCUCGCCCAGUGAACGAGAUAGUAUCCCCUGUGAGCCUUACGGCACGGAGAAUUUGCCCACAAGACCUGCACCCCAACGGGCAUUCGCCCUGAACUGGCUAGGAGCGACGAUUGAGAAUUUUCACGACACACAUUCUGAUGGAUGGCUUAAACCAUCAAGAUUGCGCCUCUCAGCAGAUGAACAGGGUCCUCCUACGUCGCCGGUGGAUGAGCAGAAACUAGUCAACGCCUACCAACGGAAGGAAUUGGACCUCUCGCCGGUGCGAUGUGUUCACUUCUCUCCUGGACCCCCGCUGCCCCUUCGGUCUAUGAGCCGUCCUGUUCCGUCAGUGGAACGUCCGCAGGAUUACGUCGCCUUGCAUCGCCAAAAGAAGCAGUACGAGAAGUGGAGAGCUUCUCGCUGUCAUGCUCGGGCUUCUCCGUAUCGCAGCCCGACUAAACUUUCGGCUAGUCGUCCAAACAAACAGCCCAACAUCCAUUUCUCGUCUCUGUCCAACUUCCCCUUCCGCAGAAUUGACCAGGCACGUCUUCAAAUCAACGACGAUGAGCGCGGAGACACUACUUUGGAAGAAGCAGAUGUUAAUGCCGUUGACCAGUCGACGUCUUCGGAUCAAAGCAAUCGUUCCGCGAAGCAAAGUGAUCUCUUCGCCUUCUCUGUUGCUGUGCAUAAGAUUCGACAUCUAGAUCAACCAUUGUCUCGAGAUGUGCGAGUGUAUUCGUAUGUGUUCCAGUGGGGAAUGGCCACGAUGGCCCGACAAAGCGGAGAGCAGACGCAGACUGCUGUCUAUCCAGUCCUGAAUGACAUGGGUUUGCACGUUAAUCUCAUUGUACCAGCGCGGGUCCUUCGCCUCGCCAUUGCCGUCUUUUCUAUUGCACGAUCUCUGGCCUGCUCGCCUGUCGGAGUAGCCGCUCUCCGGCACGUCGGAUCUAUUUUGUCUCUCCUCGUCUCGUUCGCCGUCCUUCUGUUGUCCAUGUUUGGAGUAGCUCUCGACUUCCAACUUGGCCGGGACCAUCACCUCUAG